GUCUUCGCGCCGCUGCCGUCGGCGAACGAGAGCGCCGUCGCGCACACCUGGACGCCCGCGGAGACGCUGAAGCGCUACGGCACGAAGCUCGACGAGGGCCUGAGCGCCGCGGAGGCCGCGGCGCGGCGGUCCGUCUUCGGCGCGAACGUGUUAGUGGCCGCCGCGCGGAAGACGCGGUGGGCCAUGCUCUGCUCCCAGUUCGAGGACCGGCUCGUGCAGAUCCUCGUCGUCGUCGCCAUCUUCUCCGGCGUGCUCGGCGUCGUCGACGCGGAGGAUCCGACGGCGUGGGUCGACCCCGUCGUCAUCUGCCUCAUCCUGCUGAGCAACGCGGCCGUCGGCGUCUGGCAGGAGUCGUCGGCCGACGGGGCCCUCGACGCGUUGAAGAAGCUCCAGCCGGACCGCUGCUGCUGCCGGCGCCGCGGCGCCUGGGACGGCGAGGUGCCCGCGAGCGAUUUAGCGCCGGGCGACGUCGUGUAUUUGCGCGUGGGCGACAAGGUGCCCGCGGACGUGCGGCUACUACAGUUAAGAACGUCGACCUUCGCGACGGACGAGGCGGCGCUGACGGGCGAGUCCUACACGGUCAUGAAAAGCGUCGACGCCGUCGACGACCCGGACUGCCCUCUGGGGACCCGGACCUCGAUGGCGUUCGCGGGCACGGUCGUCACGGGCGGCCACGCGAUCGGCGUCGUCGCGGCGACGGGCAUGGCCACGCAGAUCGGCCGCAUCCAGGCGGGCGUCACGGCGGCGGCGGCGGACCAGCAGAAGACGCCCCUGUCGCAGAAGCUCGACGAGUUCGGCCACCAGCUGACGCUGAUCAUCGGUUCGGUCUGCGCGCUCACGUUCGGCGCGUCCGUCCCGCGCUUCGACUCGCCCAUCUUCGGCUCCAAGCUGCGGGGCGCCAUGCACUACGCCAAGGGCGCCGUCGCUCUGGGCGUCGCGGCGAUCCCGGAGGGGCUGCCGGCGGUGAUCACGCUCUGCCUAUCGUUGGGCACGCGGCGCAUGGCGCAGCGUCGCGUCGUCGUGCGGCGCCUGCCGUCCGUAGAAACACUCGGCUGCACGUCCGUGAUCUGCUCCGACAAGACGGGCACGCUCACGACGAACCAGAUGACGGCCGUGUCCCUGCUCCUGCCCGCGGAGCGGGGGUCCUUCGAGGAAUUGGAGGUCACGGGCCUGUCGUACGACCCGACGGACGGCGAGGUCGUGGGCAGGCCGGAUUUGGCCGAGUCCCACGCGGCGGCCUUCGCGGCGGCGGCGGUCUGCGCGCUCUGCAACGACGCGCAACUCGCCAAGGAUCCCAAGACGGGGCAGUUUGUGCGCGUGGGCGAACCGACGGAGGCCGCGCUCAAGGUCCUCUGCGAGAAGCUCGGCGCGCCGACGUCCCUCGACGCGUCGCCGGAGGCGAAGCAGGCCGGGCCCUGGCACCGCGCGUCCCUGGCCUGGGCCGGGGCCUACGAGCGCACGGCGACGCUCGAGUUCGACCGGGGGCGCAAGUCCAUGUCCGUGGUCUGCAGGCGGCACGGGUCCUACGCGCGCCUCUUCGUCAAGGGCGCGCCGGACAGCGUCCUCGCGCGCUGCUCGCGCGUCCUCGACCCGACGACGGGCAGCCCGCGGAAGCUCGAGGACGGCGAGCGCGCGGAGCUCGCGGCCAGGGUCACGGCCAUGGCCGGCCGGCCGCUGCGCUGCUUAGCGUUGGCCUACACGGACGACCUGCCGCCGGAGCUCCGGGCCUACGAGGGCUCGGACGAGGACGCGGACCUGCCCGCGUGCCUGGCGACGGCGGACGACCACGAAAAGCUCGAGAGCGACCUCGUGCUCGCGGGCGUCGUCGGCAUCCGCGACCCGCCGCGGCCGGAGUGCGCCGCGGCCAUCGCCAAGUGCAAGGCCGCGGGCGUGCGCGUCUUCAUGAUCACGGGCGACUCGCGGGAGACGGCCGUCGCCAUCGGGCGGGAGCUGGGCAUCCUCGACGGCGACGGCGACGGCCGCGCCUGGGAGGGCAACGCGUUCUUCGCCGACGACUCCGAGGAGGCCGAGGCCCAACGCGCGGCGACGCUCGCGCCGGAGCGGGGCAACGGCGUCUUCUGCCGCACGGCGCCCGCGGACAAGCAGCGCAUCAUCAAAUUGUUGAGCGACGCCCACGGCGACGUCACGGCCAUGACGGGCGACGGCGUCAACGACGCGCCGGCGCUCCAGCAGGCGUCGAUCGGCAUCGCGAUGGGCAUCACGGGCACGGAGGUCGCCAAGCAGGCCGCGGACAUGGUCCUCAUGGACGACGACUUCGCGACCAUCGUCGCGGCCGUCGAGGAGGGCCGCGCGAUCUACAAGAACAUGCAGGCCUUCGUGUGCUUCCUCCUGAGCUGCAACUUCGGCGAGGUCGCGACGAUCUUCGGCGCGACGCUCAUGGGUAUUCCGGAUGUGCUCACGCCGCUCCAGCUGCUCUGGGUGAACCUCGUCACCGACGGCCCGCCGGCGACGGCGCUGGGCUUCAACCCGCCGGACCCGGACGCGAUGACGCGGCCGCCGCGCGACUCGGCCGCGCCGAUCCUCACGCCGUGGCUCCUCUGCCGCUACGCGGUCACGGGCGCCUACGUGGGCUUCGCGACGAUCCAGAUCUUCCUGAACCACUUCAAGGACCACGGCGUGUCGCGGCGCCAGCUCGCGCGGUGGGCGUCGUGCGACGUCGACGACGCCGCGUGGGCGACCUUCGCGCCGGUGCUGCCGCCGAACUCCCACGCGAACCCCUGCGCGGCGGCCUUCGGGACGGGCAGCCUGCUCAAGGCCAAGGCGCAGACCCUGAGCCUGUCGACGCUCGUGACCAUGGAGAUGCUCAAGGCGCUGAGCGCGGUGUCGCUCGACCACAGCCUGCUCCGCGUGACGCCGCUCGCGAACAAGUGGCUCCUCGCGGGCGUCGCGCUGCCGACGCUGCUCCACCUGGGCCUGCUCUACGUGCCCCAGCUCUGCGCCGUCUUCGGCCUCGAGGCCCUGUCCUGGGCCGAGUGGGCGACGGUGCUCAAGUUCGCCGCGCCCAUCCUGCUCGUCGAGGAGCUCACGAAGGCCGUCGGCCGCCACCUCGAGGCCAAGGCGCUCCGGGAG